AAUAAUUUUCCCUUUUAUUUACAGGAUAUGACAUUUUUGGUUCUGAAAAAGAAAUUCGAGGGCAUUUAAAGUCUAUGGAAUUUGAGUAUGAAUGCGGGAAUUUUGCCAGUUCAACUGGAAAGCAAGUCUCUUUUGUAAGAGUAACCAAUCUGUCUGAUGUAGUGAAGAAAUCUGUUAACCAACUGAAUGAAAGUGGCUUUUUUGUGGAAAAGAGCAACAUCCCAAAAAAUUUGCUGUGGGUACUUCUCAUGGGGGACAAGGGAAGGAAAUCAACAAAGUUACUGUUGCAAUUUCUCAAUUGCAAAGAACAACACUCCAUUCACACAGCCCGCCUGCUGGCAAUAUUCGAAGGUGACAAGGACAACCACCAAUGCAUCCAAAAGGUUUUGGUCCUGUUAUCGAGGAAACAAAGAAAGUAUUAUCAAACAUUACUGAACUGGACCUUAAGGUAGACCUUACAAAAAUCACAAGUCCAAGUCAGCAGCCCAAUUUUGACAUCAGAGGGAUGGCAAAUUGGCCUAAUGAGCUUCAAGAGUUGUUCCGAAACUGCGAAAAUGAGUAUCACAGCCAAAGAUGUUUGUUAUGCCAGAAAACAACCUACCGGUAUUUCAAAUCACAUUCCUCCAACUGUGAUGCCAACCAGUCAUCCAGUGCAAUGUAUAGCAUUUCAGAGUUCUGGCUCAGUCUUGGAGGGGACUGGGAGUUCAUAGCAAGGUUAUUGGGUUUAACAGGACCCAAUGGAACUUUCUUUUGUAACUUCUGUCAUGCUCAACUUAAAGAUCUUGAGAAGGGGAAGCCUCGCACGCCAUGGUUGUUGCAGCGAGGUGCCACUGCUUAAGUCACACAUGUACCAAAAAGUUUCCCGUGCGUAGUUUUGAGUCAAUCUUGUCUGAUAAUGACAGAUUUGUGAAAGGUGGUUCUGUAAAGUCAAAAGCCAACCAAUUCCACAAUUGUGAGAGCACUCCAGUCUAUCAAGCAACUGGACCAGUUAUUGACUCAGUGUCAUGCAUGCCCCUCCAUUUGUCUCUGGGACUUGGAAAGCAGGCACUUGAGCUGGUUGAAAGUGAAGCCAUUUCACUGGAUAAUACCAUUAAAGAGGCAAAUGGAGAGGCAUCCUCAGAACUGGUUGAGGCAUUCAAGAAACGGGAGGAACUGAUCUUGGAGUGUGCCAAUCUAGAGGAAUUGUUGGAGGAUGACAAUAAAGCCAUUAAUUCCACUGAAGAAAAGCUUCAGAGGUUUCUUGCUGAGACAGCUCCCUAUCAUCAAAAGGAAGGGCGAAGGUUCACUACUCACACAGUGGAAGCUGUAAAAGCAAGAGAAAGGGCACGAGAGCUUAAAAAGGGCAGGGAUGAACAACAACACCAGGCAAAACAACAUCAAGAUCAGUUGAAAGCAGCCAACGAACAAUUGACUACCAUACUUACCAAAAUACAUAAUUUGAAAGGGCCUUUCCACAGGAGAUUGGAUAGUGUACUAGAAAGGAUGAAUUUAAAGAGGCAAGUGUAUCACAAAGGGGCUCUGGUUGGUAAUGAUGUUGCCAAAAUUCUCCACCCUGAAAACGUAGGAAAAAUUGUAAAUUGUUUCAAACCACUCAGAGUGAAUCUUCAAAAUGGAGAACAUAAAGUUUUCAGUGAUCAAAGUAGUAUGAACAAGGUGUCAACAUUAUUGACAAAACUUUCACAAUGUUUCCAGCUGUACUCACCCAGUACUCCUCUCUGUCGCCAUGAGGUAGCCUUCCUUGCAGUACGAUGUGCUAGCUUUGGUCACUGGUUUCCUAUAAACUUUCCAAACACCAACUUGCUUCAAAAGUUUCAUGUGUUAACUUUCCAUGUCCCUGAGAAAGCCAUUUCCAAGCACACCGUGGGCAUGGAAGCUGAACACUUCUCAGAAAGUAUACACCCAGUGGUCAACAGGCUUGAAAGGACUUAUGCAACUACACAGAAUACAUGUGAUCGCUUGGCACUGGUAGUCAAGAGCCAGUGGAUUCAAAGCAACUCCACUCUGACAAAUUUCAGGAAACCUAAACACAGAAACAGAUCAGAUGCAAUUAACCAAGUCGCAGGGUUUGUGAACGAUUUUUCUUACCGCGAGAGUGAUUCAAUCAAUCAGGUGGAAGGAAAUGGUAAUAAAAACAGGAAAGUGCAGCAAACACUGGGCACAUUUUUGUGGCGUUGCGCUGAAAUUGCGCCAAAUAACCCAGCAGGUAUUAGUCAUUUGAGAGACGCCGCAACAGGUAUGGCCAACUUUUGUGCAACCUCAUUCCCAGAGUCUCUCAUCUUCCCGCCUCCUGGUGCGAGAGAGGACAGUUCUCCCUUGCUCCAGAAGGGCGGGAACAUGAGAAACCCUGAGAACGAGGUUGACUUUGUAUAUAAUUUACUUAGCCUGUUCCAGGCUCUCGGUCAGUGGGGACGAUGGAAAAACUGGGCGGGUGACCAGCGGGGUCUGGUAGAGAAAAAGAAGAGGUCAAGAAAGCCUGUAAGCAUUGAUUUAAAAACUCAUUCCGGUAUACCAGCUCCUGGUAUACCCUGUGAUUGGUUACCUUUGACAGUUUAUAUCAACACAUUGUCCAUUUGUCUGAAGCCAAGUGAUGCUUAG